GCGUGGAAGUGUGCAUGCCUGCGAUUCAAUUGAUGGCAGCCAUGCAUAGGAGAUUGCCUCUGCUGGUGCUCGCUGUGGUCGUCUUCCUGUUUGUCGUCUUCCUCCACGUGUGUUUGUCGUGCCGACCGUGGAAGCAACGUCACAAGUGGAGGGCGUCAUCGAAACGGCAGGUAGGGGAACGUCUGAUGGCGGGCAUGCAGGCACGCGCGGAUGUGGCUGCAGGUCACAGCGGAAGACGACCUGCGACGGCAGUACAGGCAAGGCAGUACGACCCGUCCAUGUACGCCCAUCUGGAGUCGUGGGAGACGCCACUGCCCCCGUCGGACGAGGAGCUGGAAGCGGAGGAACUUCCAACGUUGCCUCUCGCCAGUGGGUCGACGCAGCGUUUGUCGCAGACGGUACGAGCAGGCGGGGCGACUAGCAACGAAGGCAGCGAGUACACCUCACUCCUGCGCCAAGGCUUGGGAGACGACGACGACAAUGGGGGACUUGAUCUCAAGUUCGGGUUGUGUUCUAGCAGCGCCAGGGAGGUGAGUCAUACGUCUGUCUCUUAUACACAUCUAGAUGUGUAUAAGAGACAGCAUCUGGAGUCGUGGGAGACGCCACUGCCCCCGUCGGACGAGGAGCUGGAAGCGGAGGAACUUCCAACGUUGCCUCUCGCCAGUGGGUCGACGCAGCGUUUGUCGCAGACGGUACGAGCAGGCGGGGCGACUAGCAACGAAGGCAGCGAGUACACCUCACUCCUGCGCCAAGGCUUGGGAGACGACGACGACAAUGGGGGACUUGAUCUCAAGUUCGGGUUGUGUUCUAGCAGCGCCAGGGAGGUGAGUCAUACGUUCAUCAUCGACGCCGAUCCCUCGCCACGUGGCCUUCAACAUGCUGGAAGCGAGCAUACGGAGCAGUCCACACUUCGUGGCGAUGAAGGAUUCAGGGAGGACGUGGAAGCAGUGGACGAUGACGACGACAUUCCUAUUCGGCCUUUGGGGAAGACGGGUGGGAGGGGGAAAGGACGCGGCAGAGGUGCUGUUCGUGGUCGAUCCGUCGGCCGUGGCGGUAGAGGUGGCGUCAACGACGACGGCGGGAAGUCUGCGACGUACUGGUCUCCAGAAGAACAAAUGGCCCUCGUGAGAUGCAAGUGGGAGCAGGAGAUGCACCUUGCCGGGCUAGGUCACAAUUACGGGCGGAUGCGCACGAAGGAGUGGAAGUGGGACAACAUUGCGAAACGUAUGGCGAUCGCGGGGAGGCCUAAAGACGCCGACGACUGCAUGAAGAAGUGGGACAAUCUCUUCCAAAACUACAAGAAGAUACAGAGGUUUGAGAAUGCCAGUGGCCACGAAGAUUUCUUUAGGCUAUCGAAUGAAGAAAGGAAGGGGCACAACUUCAAGUUCCGGAUGGAUAGGGUGGUGUACAACGAGAUCCAUGCAGGCAUGUUGGGGAACCAUACUAUUUUCCCUCCCAACGUCGCCGACACUGGCAGUCCGGACGGGGUGCAGCUGCCCAGGCGAGGAGCGGUUGGUGGGGAGUAUGUUGGUAGCGAGGCCGGAGGUGAUGGCUGCCCUGAAGAACGCUCUUCUGCGCGGGACUCCGACAACAACGCAGGCACUGGGGCUGGAGGCGGGAAGCGGAAGAAUGUGCGUCUACAGGCGUUGGAGUCGAUCGCUGAUGUCAUGGACCGCCAUGGCGAACUGAUGUCGGCGACGAUCGAUUCGUCGAGCAAGCGGCAAUGCAGCAUAUUCACAAGGCAACGCGACACACUCGAGGAGGAAGUUGCAGUCAAAAAAGCGCACUAUGUGGCGUCCGAGGAGACGCAGAGGAUGAUGUGCCACACGCUUAUGGAGAUUGCAGCCGCCAUCCGUGAUCGGUCGCCGAUCGCGAUCCGGGUGAUGACGGAGGGUCUGUCCAGCGUGGCGGCGGGGGGGAAGUCAUGGCAAAAGCUCGCAGUUGGUGGCGAGGCGGGAGGUGGUGCGGGUGCGGGUGCUUUGGACACUGUGGCCCCCGUUGCGGCGGCGAGAGAGGAGGCGGCAGUUAUUGCGACGACGAGAGAAGAGGCGUGUGGCGAGAACAAAAGUGAUUGGGACGGCGACGAUCCCGGUUCAAGCCGGGUACGUAGGGGAGUGAUGACGAAAGACCUCGUCGAUCGUGUCGUGCUUUGGGUUGAUGACAAAGCUUUCUGGACGAUGGGGGAGGGGCGAAGACUAUACAACAUUGUCCACAAAACGAGAGAGUACUUUGUCGCCACCGCCAGCGGCCUUCCAGCGCCUGUCGUCCCUCGGAGCGUCGUCCUGCCCAAAUCCAGCACAAAGUCCAGUAACCGCCCAAUGGGAUACAAUGUGGCUUUCCAGUACUCGCUCGAGUCCGUAGCGACGGACAUUGCGCGUGCAAUGUGGUGCGGCGAGGAGUGGUGCAACGUCGUCAGUGCGACGGUAUGUGCGCACACGAUAGAUCUGUCCAUGGACUUGCCACUAUGGUUCGCCGACACCAACAUCGAGGAUAGACCUGAGGACGACGACAUGGCGGCGUACCAAGAGUCUACUAUCAUCUGCGUCUCCCAUGCAUUCCGCGCGGCGGUGCAAAUGGGUGCGCACAUCGACGACGACUUCAUCUCGUACGACCGUCUCUAUCGGGUGACUGACUGCUUCAGGCUUUUGUUGGCGGCGUGCAUGCGGAUAAUGCGCAUGGCAGGAAACGAUCCGCGCAACCACUAUGAAGCUUUCUACUUCGCGGACCUGGUGGCGAAGCCCACACUCGUCAUGUCCAUGCAUCGGUCCUUCGAUCAUCGACGAUCCAUCGUCCGUGCCGCAAAAGUCGUCACGCACAGACUCGGGAAGACGAAAGCUACGUUUGGAGCGUACCCCAACUACAUCCCUGGAUGGGCACCUUGCGGCAUUGGUUUCAGGCACGACGCGAGCAUAACGGGGCCGGAGGAUGCGAAGAAGCUAGAUUGGUUGGGUUUGGGCCCCCCCGAUGAUGACAACAACAACGAUGAUGGAAAAUAUGAUGCGUAGGGGGUGGGGGGAGUGGUGGGGUGCACGAUGGAAAAGAUGACGCGGAACGAC